CCUGCCUGUCAGAUGGUCCGUCCGCGUUCUGCCCGUCAGGUCGAGAGGGGGAUGUGAAAGCGAGCCGCUCGACAAGGUCCCUCGGAGAGAGGCCCCGUCCGAUGGAGCUCCUGCGGCCGUAGCUCUAUGUGACGGAGGAGAAGACGUCCGUCGCACAAGCGCGUCCCGUCUGUGUUUGUGGAAGCUGCCGGCGAGGCCCAGAGCAAAGCCCCACCAUGAGAGAAGAGGUGUCCUGCACCAACUCCCCCGAAGGCGGGCUGGGGGCCAGCGAGGAGGAGCCGGAGCGCGGGUCCAAGAAGGGCCCGGGCGCCCGGAAGCGCUCGCCGUACCCCAAGAAGGACGGCCCGGUGCAGGCGGAGGAGAGCAGCACCGGCAGCCCCAGCGGCCUGCUGCCGUCGGGGCCCAAGAGGCCCAAGAAGAGCCCGGCGGCCGCGGUGUCGCUGGCCCCCACGGCGCUGGGGCCGCGGCCCGAGCAGCCCUUCGAGGACCUGCACUCGCAGCGCGUGAUCGCCAACGUGCGCGAGCGCCAGCGCACGCAGUCGCUGAACGACGCCUUCGCCUCGCUGCGCAAGAUCAUCCCCACGCUGCCGUCGGACAAGCUGAGCAAGAUCCAGAUCCUGAAGCUGGCCUCGCGCUACAUCGACUUCCUGUACCAGGUGCUGCAGAGCGACGAGAUGGACGCCAAGCUGGCCAGCUGCAACUACCUGGCCCACGAGAGACUCAGCUACGCCUUCUCCGUGUGGAGGAUGGAGGGGGCCUGGGCCAUGUCCGCCAGCCACUAGGACCCGACCCGACCCGACCCGACCCGACCCGACCCCACCCGACCAGCGUUCUCUCUUCCACCCUCUUGUGUCCGCGUCUCCGCCCCACUGCUUCUGUCCGCGUUCGCGCCCGUUUCCUCCGCUCUGAAGCUCCACUUUUGUCCCCGUCCCUCCACCUUUGCGCGCGACCCGCUCAGUCCGUGUGUGCGUCUGUAUUAACGUCAACAGUUGAAUCGAUGCAAGUCAGACUCCUCGCGAACCUCCCCGAUCUCUCCCCGCUCCCGCGUACUUCCACUACUUCCAAUGCUCCCCCACGUCCUGACCCACAGCUUAGUCCAGUGCUGCUGAUGACCCACUGCAGCCACCAGAAAACCAACAAACGUAAAAAAAUGACUGGACCAAAGAAGAAGAAAACGAUUCCCGUCUCAACAGUCACCUGCACGUUCUCACCCCCUCUCCCUUUUGCUUCCGGCCUGUCUUUGUGUGGACACGGGCUUGACUCCUGACACUGAGAGGUGUUCCUGCAGCUUGACUCAAGGCUGUCCCUCGUGUGUUUCUGAAACACGGGUGGGAAAACGCGAUAGUCCAGCGAACAUUUUGAACGACGAAAACAGACAGACAGACAGACAGACAGACAGACAGACAGACAGACAGACAGACAGACAGACAGACAGACAGACAGACAGACAGACAGACAGACAGACAGACAGACAGACAGCUGGCCUGCGGUGACAAUGAAACAAAUGGGCUGCUGGUUCGAGUGCCUUGGGUAACAGCGCCAUAACCAUCAAGCACCCGAUUCCUCGGAUGACUCAGUGCCAGACAGACAUUAAAAUGACUAAUGAUAAUGGCACAGCGCUGGUUGGAGGGGCGGUCACAGCCAAUGAAUGUUUACAGCUAAAAUGCUAAUAAGCUAAACGCUCUGGCUCUAAAAAGACUUACAAAGAAGAGCACGAGGAAUCUGACGCAGAUCUUCUGCUUUGUUGUGCUGUAGCAACUGGACGACGGCUUUCUGUGUAUUUUGAAGUUGGUGAAUUUUGUGUACGCACACUGUAUUACUUUCCAUCUGCUUAUGCGUUACAUUUAGCUUUGGAGAAGAAAUGCCAAUGGGAAAGUGUCUUAAACCACUGAUUAGAAUUCAGCCGCUCAACUUGUUUUUGAUUUCAGUGUUGUAGAAAGUUGUACUUUUAAACGUUUGUCUUCUUUAUUCUCCAGCUUAAAAAUAUCUUUGCAGAUUAAAAAUAAAAACAGAGUGCUUGUUAUAAAAUGUGCCAACAUGAUGAUGAAGUGGUUAUAGCCACAUUAUAGAGGUUUCAUUUGUAAGAAUAACUAGUUUGGUCCUGUUGUACUGUGUUGCAUUUGCUUUUGGUUACUUUUAUUUUGUCAGUUCCUUUGGACAAUAAAAUUGUUUCUUGAUGCUAAA